AUGGCAAGACUUUCAUUGAUCCUGAGCGUCAUGGGCUUCAGCUCAACUAUUGCCAAUACAUAUGCAUUCAGAAACGACUGUGGUACUUGUGAGGUGCCUAAGAGGGACGUCAUAAAUUUCAUGGGGAAAAAACGCCAUUGCGAGUCAUCUUCAAAUGAAAUGGACUCCAGCAGCAGGUCUGAUUGCGGAAUCUCAGAUAGUAGUAGUGAUAGAAGCAACAGAAGGAACAGAUGCGCAGAUUCAUCUAAUUCCGACAGUGGAUACAGCGGCGAUUGCUCUGAAUCAUACUCGUCUUGUAUGUCAUCGUCUAGCAGCUCGUCAUGCGCAUCAAACAGCGAGCAAUACAAAGGCAAGUGUGCAACAGAGCUUGAGAUCCCACUUGAGAAGAUGAAGAACACCUUGUUCACAUACUUGAUCGGAUUCGAAAAGCAGUACAAGGAAAGCGUAGUUGCAUUCUUGCAAGGACAAAUUUCACAAGCAUCUGUAAUAAGCUCUGCAUACGUAAGCACACAAUACACUGCUCUGCUGGCAGCACUUGCAGAUCUUGGAUUUGUGAUUCCUGCAGAUGUUGUGACACAACUCAAGGCAUGGGACACAGCUGAGGCAAGUGCUCUUGCACGAAGCAUACAAGAGACUGCAGUGAAGGUCCUGAAGGAUCUCCUGUGCAGAGUCAAUAAGAUGUGCCACUCCGAUCUUAUGGGUCUUAUUGACAGUGGUCUGUUUUCAAGCCAGGUCUUGAGUGCAUUCUCUAACAUGCAGCCUCUGAUUAACUCAUAUGCAGAUGAAUUGUUUGCAAAGCAGAUGGCAGUCUUUGAAAGCUUGAACAUUGAGUUCACCUCACAAGCAAUUGAUGCAAUAGUGAUUGGACUACAUCUGAAUGGCACUGACUUCAUUGCAUUCUUCACAGCACAGGUCUGUGCUCAACAAGUGAGUGCUCAGGCAGACUUGGCUCAGCUAUACCUGUACCUUGAUAUAAUGAUUACUGCAUCAUCCACAGACUUCCAGGCAAUUGCAUUGUUUGAGAUUCAAUCAAUCAUGAACAAAGUGUUUGGAACAGCGAUAGUACCACCUGCAUCAACCAAUACACCAGUAACUACGCCGCCAGCAACAACUACGCCGCCAGCAACAACUACACCACCAACACAGCCAACACAGCCAGAACAGCCAACACAACCUGUGUCCCCUCUACCUGGAAGUGUUUAG